CAUCCGGUGUUCCAUGUGAGUCACUUGAAGCCUUAUCAUGAAGAUGCCGAAGCACCCGAACGAGGUAAGUCCCAUCGAGCUCCCGCUUAUAUGAUCACUUCAUUUGACAAAGAAGUAGAUAGCAUUGAGGCCAAGCGCGAGGUGCGGAAGAAGCGGAUACCAAGGUAUACCGAAUACUUUGUCAAAUGGAAGGGGCUGCCCGCGUCCGAGGCUAGUUGGGAGAAAGAGGAGUCCUUGUGGCAAUUCAAGGACAAGAUUGCCGAGUUCGAGCAAGAGGAGCUCGCAAGGGCGACGAGGACAUCGCCGACUUGAGUGGGGGAGAAUGUCACAACCCGCCAAGUUCCUUGGGCAUAAUCGAAGCAAGCAUUGCCCAAGGAUAACUUUCGGAGCACACUAGAGUGUUCUAGAACAUUGUGGGAAGCCUCGGAGGUGUCCGGAUACAUCGAGAAGUCUCUAGGAGACUAUGGAAUUCUCUAGAACCUUUGAGGAGGCUCAAGCAACUAGAGAUCCCUAGAACUCUCUAGAACACUCAAAGCCUUGUAUAUAUAUUUUAGGACUUCCCUAGAGACAUGUAGAAGUCUCUAGACUUUGUCUUUAUUUGUAAUGUCCUAGAUUACUCUAGAACUUUAGGUAAGGGCAAGGAUGCCUAUAAAUAGGUGGUGAAGGCUCUUAGCCAAACCAUCCUAGAAAUCCUAGAAAGCCUUGUAAAGAGUUCUCAAACUUAAUACAAAGUUUCUUUCUCCCACAUUGCCUAAGUGUUCAUUUCUAACAUUCUUGCUCUCUUGUGUUGCUCUUGUUUCCGUUGCGUGAAGGCGAUGCUGACUUAGAGAGUUCAAGAAGUUGAACAACUCUAAGGCCGCACGGUUGGUAGAGAAGCGAAGUUCUCAUCCCGACACAUAGCUGCUUCACUCCUCAACUUGAUUAGUGAGAGCAAAAAGACGAGAGGAGCUAAAGUGUUGGCGCGUCUUUACACGUGUAAGAAACGGCCCGUCGCACGUGGGGAGUGAGUCAUAACAAACCAAAGUCACAGGCUCACAGGCUCACACUGCUCUCAAACAGAAAAGAAAGGAAAGAAAAGAAUCCAGAAAAUCAUAUCAAUCAUCUUCUUUCUUUUUCCUCUUCUAUCUUCAACUCCACGACAGAUUCCAAUCUAGGGUUUCCUUCUUCUUCUUCAAUUCAAUUCCCAGAGUCAGAAGAUAUGGAAGGUUCGAGCAACGGCGGGAUGCUGUACCACGAGGUGCAGGAGUCGAAGCUGUGCGCCGUGCAUUGCGUCAACACGGCGUUGCAGGGCCCUUUCUUCUCCGAAUUCGAUUUGGCCGCCCUCGCCUCCGAUCUCGAUCGAAAGGAGCGCCAGAUGAUGCACCUCUCUGUCCACGCCGGUGCUCCCCCCGCCGCCGCCGGCGAUUUCCUCUCCGAAGAGUCCCACAACGUCUCCCUCGACGGCGAUUUCAGCAUCCAGGUACUAGAAAAGGCUUUAGAGGUUUGGGAUCUGCAGGUCAUCCCCCUUGAUUCUCCAGUUGCAGAGCCUGCUCAGAUCGAUCCUGAGCUGGAGAAUGGGUUUAUCUGUCAUUUACAGGAUCAUUGGUUCUGUAUCAGGAAAGUGAAUGGGGAGUGGUAUAAUUUCGACAGUCUGUAUGCAGCCCCUCUUCAUCUUUCAAAGUUUUACCUCUCCGCCUAUUUGGACACACUAAAGGGCUCUGGUUGGAGCAUUUUCCUGGUGAGAGGAAACUUCCCAAAAGAGUGUCCCAUCUCAUCCUCUGAAGCUUCCAAUGGGUAUGGUCAGUGGCUUUCACCUGAAGAUGCCGACCGAAUAACUAAAUCUUGCAACUCCACAAAUGCUCCACGCCAGACUCAGAGAACAAAUUGGCCUCGGCAACCUUCAGACCAAUUCCUAUCCACCGAGGAAGCGGAACUCCUAUCAGAGAUGGAAGACGAGGACAUGAAGGCUGCAAUAGCUGCCAGUCUAAUGGAUUCUUCCCCAGCCGUGGCUGUGGCCAAUGCCGGAGAUAGCAACCCACAGACCGAAAGCUCAAACAGCCAAGAGAGCAAGAUCAGCCAAGAUAAUAAAAUUGCUUGAGAAAAGUAAAGUACAUGUUUCAUUUUUUAGAUGUUAUGUUUACUGGUUGAGGACAAUGAUCCGUGGAUCUCUGUGUCAGGUUAGAUAGUUGACUUGCAUCCUUGGCGCAAGGUCGUUGCACUUUGCAGCAUAUACAUCUCCAUUAUACUGUCAACUCCAAAUUUAAACUCGAAUUGUAAAACUAGAACAAAUAAGCUUCCAGCUUUUUUUAUUCUUUCCAAUGGAUAAUUACAGCUUUUUAAAUUUUCGUAUC